AUGGAAUUAUCUUCACAGAGAAAAUUUGAUGAAAUYAAGAAAGCCAAUCAAGCUGCAGUAAAAAAGCUAGUUGAAGACCAGCUGAGUUCCUCUUCUGAAGAUGAUGAUGAAGAUGCUGAAGGAAAGCAGGGAAAGAUUUUGGACAAAACAUUUACCAUUUAUACAAGUCAAACUGAUGGAGAUGCAAGUGAACUGGAACGUACAAGACAAUACAUGAAUGAGGCUUUCCAGUCUGGGGCUAUGACAUGUCUGAUCUGCAUUGCUUCAGUUAAAAGAAAUCAAGCUGUCUGGAGCUGUUGUGGAUGCUUUUGUAUAUUUCACUUGCCCUGUAUCCAGAAGUGGGCCAAGGACAGCCUUUUCCUUGUUUCUUCUCCUUUGACAGAUGAUGAUUUUGGAAAGAAAGAUUAUCCGUGGCCAUGUCCAAAAUGUAGGUUUGAAUACAAACGGUCUGAAACUCCUACUAGAUAUUACUGUUAUUGUGGAAAAGUAGAAGAUCCAGCACUGGAUCCAUGGCUGGUACCUCACUCCUGCGGUCAAGUAUGUGAGAGGGAAUUCAAACCUUCUUGUGGGCAUAAAUGUUUGCUGCUUUGUCAUCCAGGACCUUGUCCUCCUUGCCCCAAGAUGGUGACGACGACGUGUUUCUGCAGGAAAGCGACGCCAGUGCCGCGACGGUGCAGCGCGAAGGAGUGGUCGUGCCGCCUGCCGUGCGGCCGCACGUUGCCCUGCGGGCAGCACACCUGUGAGAACCCCUGCCACGCAGGAAACUGUAAGCCUUGUCCCCGAGUCAGCAAGCAGCAGUGCAUCUGCGGAAGACGAACAGCAGAAAGGCUUUGUGCAAGUCCUCAGUGGCAGUGUGAUCAGGUGUGCGGGAGAACUUUGCCUUGUGGUAAUCAUACAUGUGAGCAAGUUUGUCAUGCUGGUCCCUGUGGAGACUGUCCUCGUUCCGGAAAAAGGUCCUGUCCAUGUGGAAAAUCAAAGUUUACACUGCCUUGCACAGAGGAUGUGCCUACCUGUGGUGACAGUUGUGACAAAGUCCUAGAAUGUGGCAUCCAUAAAUGCUCACAGCGCUGUCAUCGAGGUCCCUGUGAAAUAUGCAGACAGGAAGUGGAAAAGCAGUGUCGCUGUGGAAAGCACACCAAGCGCAUGCCCUGUCAUAAGCCAUAUCUGUGUGAGACAAAGUGCACUAAAAUUCGGGAUUGCCAGAAGCACCAGUGUAAGAGAAAGUGCUGCUCUGGGAACUGUCCUCCUUGUGAUCAGGUCUGUGGGAGGACUUUAGGGUGCAGAAAUCACAAAUGUCCUUCUGGUUGUCACAGAGGUAGUUGUUAUCCRUGUCCAGAGACUGUGGAUGUGAAAUGUAACUGUGGAAAAACUGUCAUUAAAGUGCCCUGUGGCAGAGAGCGCACCACGAAGCCUCCCAAAUGCAAGCAGCUCUGCAGUCGACCCCCUACCUGUCACCAYCCUACCCAGGAGAAACACUACUGUCACUUUGGUCGGUGUCCUCCRUGUCGUCAGUCCUGCCAGAAGACCUUGGCAUGUGGUCAUUUGUGUCCUGUUUCUUGCCAUGACGAAGCACUUGUGAAGCAAACUGGCUUGCAUCAGCCUGCAGGCCCUUGGGAACAGCCAUCUGAGCCAGCCUUUAUUCAAACAGCCUUGCCGUGCCCUCCCUGUGAGGUUCCUGUAUCAGUGGAGUGUCUUGGACAGCAUGAGGUUAGCCCAUUACCAUGUCACUCUGCAGGCCCCUACUCAUGUAAAAGACUUUGUGGACGGCUUCUUGCUUGCCAGAAUCACACUUGUAUGAAAGAAUGUCACCGYGUUACUAAAGUCAGCAGUAAUGGAGACGGAAAGAAGGCAGGUCCAGAGUGUUUGCAGUGUGAAGAGGAGUGCACGAAGCCGCGGCCACCUGGCUGUCCUCACCGAUGUGUUCUGCCCUGUCAUCCUGGGGAUUGCCCUGCAUGCCUUCAGAUGCUAAAAAUCAAGUGUCACUGCAAACUGUCCGUGCUCUAUAUCGAGUGCCUAAAGCUAACCUGUGCUGACGCAAAAGAAAAGGAUGUUCUUACUUCCUGCAAAAAUCAGUGUCCGAAAGAGUUGCCAUGCGGUCACCGAUGUAAAGAGAUUUGCCAUUCGGGUGGCUGUCCUCUGAACUGCAACCAGAAGGUUAAACUCCGCUGUCCCUGUAAAAGACUGAAAAAGGAGUUGCAGUGCAGCAAGGUACGAGAAGGCCAGGUUUCACUGGAAUGUGAUGCAUUAUGCAAGGAAAUGAAACGGAAGGCGUCUGAGAUAAAAGAAGCUGAAGCCAAAGCUGCUAUUGAAGAAGAGAAACGAAGACAACAGGCAGAACUGGAAGCUUUUGAAAACAGGUUAAGAGGACGAAGAAAGAAUAAGAAGAGAAARGAUGAAGUAGAAAUCGAGCAAUCACCGUGGCAGAAGUAUAAGAACCUCAUUAUGCUGCCCAUGUUUGGGGUUGCUGUUGUCAUGCUUGCAUGGCUCAUGGCCUACAAUGACUGAAAUGACUCUCAAAUAUUGAAUAUACCUCAGUGGGGCUUUAAGUAGCUAUUAUUACUAUAAUAUUAGUGUGUAUAGUAGAACUUAAUAUGCAUAGGUUAUGUAAGUAUAAUAUUUACCACAAGAGCACAGGACUGGGAAGAAGUGUCAUCCUUUGUAUUCCUACAUUCACAGCACAAAACUAUCAAUUCAGACACUGAAAGUCAAGAAGUAGUMGGUUUAGUCUACACUGAAGUGCUGGUGUAACUUACCUUGUUGAGAUCUGUUAACAUUUAUUUURUUAUAUGGUUACUUUUCUUGUCUCCAUUCUAGAAUAUUAAGAGUAGCUUAGCAUAAAAUGCUUUACUGAAUGUUUGUUUCCAGUAAAAUAAAUGUAGUGUUUCGUUAAAGAUUAGUACUUUUAUGCUAGUCUUCAUGGUGUAUCACACAAAAUAUAAUUCCUGUGCUUCAUGUUAAUUUUAAUGAUAACUAAUGGGGAACUUCAGUUAGAUUUGAAUGGUCUGUAGCCUCGUAUCAGAAUUGUGAGAGGAAAUGUGAGCUAUUUUCUAAGGCUGCUGAAACACUAAGAAUAAGGGCCACAUUCCAGGCUGCUUUUCUCCUCUUCCUCAGAAUUAAACCAGUUGAAAGCCUCAUUUAGUGCAGAGAUGUGAGGACUGAACAUGGGUGAGGUAGUUUCAGUGCACAGGGAUGUGUCCUCAUCGCUGCUUUCUAGUAUUGRUGACGGGGGCAAUAUGAAGCUAAACUUAGAGCAUCUCUUGAAUAUUUCUAUAAAUAAAUGUCACAUAUGAAUAUUUGCAUAGAUGUACAAAAGUGUAAAGUAAUUGAGUAAUUUAUACAAUUAUGUAGUUCUUAAUUCAUCUGGAUGGUGCUUGCUAAUUAUGUAUGAAUUAUCUCAUCUUGAAAGUGCUUAGAUAUUUUCUUGUUGAUAACUGGAGUCCCUUGCCUUGGGGUAUCAGUACAGAAAUGUUUCAGGGCCCUGGUUGCUGGUAGAACUAUUAAGAUUUUCAGAGCUUCAAAACUAUAUGAGAAGCUACAUUGUCUCAGCCAAAGAGUACAGUGGUUUUUUAAAAUCUCUGCUAGAAAUUCUGUGCUGAUGAACAGCAAUGUGAUUAACUGAAAAAGGCCUACUUAGAAGGUAUUUUGAAAGACAAGGCACAAAGCUGGUGGUUUGGGGAGGUUUAUUAGUGGGUUUUUCCUUUAGCAGCAUUUGAUUCAGCAUUUGAUUGCCUUUGCAGUCAGGUAUAUAGUUUUAUUGCAAAUUCUGCAAAAGCAGCAGAACUGUUUGCAUGAAUUAGAGAAGACUGCAGUUGAGUUGAAAGCUGGAUUAGUCAACAUUAGCCCACUUGUAAAGGGACCUGAUACUAGUUUGAGUCAAUCUCUGCUGUAAUUAACAGCAGCACGAAGAGGGGAGGAAAAAAAAAAAAAGAAAAAAGAAAAAAGCAAAACUCUAGUAGGCAACAUUAUUAGACUUUGUAGAGAUUUCCAAAUUGGGAAAGAGUCUCAGUCUCUUUCAUCAUCUGAACUGAGCAAAAGAGAAAACUGGGCUUGGUAACAUUUGGUAUAGGUUGAUGUUUUUUGAUAUUAUUUUAUUUUAUUUAAUUGACUUUUUAAAAACAUGCUAUACUUGCAUUGCUGUAUGUCAGACCAUUAGUACGUAAAGAUACAGAAUUAGUUGAAAAUGCACCAGGAACUUGAAAUUGUUUCUUUGUUUGAUUAUUUUAUAGAAUAAGGAAUAAACCAUUUUCCUGUAAUAUUGAUGCCCAGAAGAUAAUUCGGUUUCACAGUGUUGUUUCAUCAAGUGAGGCAAUGUUGUUUUGUGACUGCUCUGUCAAUAAUUCUGCUGUCAUUGAGAGAGGAGGAAAAAGGGAAAGUUUUGUUCAGCUGAACUAAAAAUGUGAGCCAUUGUCCAAAUAUACAAAAAAAGGAGAGAAAAAAAAMCCCUCUUUGUAGCUGAAGUAUUCAGAUGAACAUGAAUGAGCCCAUUGUGGAAAAAGCUUUUAUGUGAAAAUAACUCCUUUUUUUUUUCCUUUCUGUUUACUGAUAGCUAUUUCUGUAGAGAAGUGCAAAGUAAAGUUUUUCCUUAUCUUCAUGGCAGAAGAAGAAAUAGCCAUGGAAAUGGGCUGCACUUGAAUUAUAUGCUUAAAGUUGAUCUUGUUUUCUUUUUUAUUUUGGGGUUUUUUUUUUUGCUUUGAAUAUUUUAUUUAUGUGAAAAAGAUCUGCUGCUUGUUGAUCAUCUUGAACUCUCUAUUAUAAUAAGAAAGCACUCUGAUUUUUAAAAGUAAUCCAGUUUAUAUAACUAACAGACAUGUUCCCCUUAAAUGAUUUCCAUCUUUCCUGAGCCUCACAUAUUUUAAGAUGAUCCUAUCUUUGACAGAUUCAAAUUCAGAUUAUUCAAACUAAUUCUGUGCAUCUUAUUCCAUCCAACUGUAUAGCAGCAUCUGAGUCAUUUUCACCSUGGUCUUUGUACUAUAAACUGAGCCAGAUAUUUGUUUGUUGGCAUAAAAAAAGUGUGUGAGUUCACCCGACAUGUAGUUUAAUACAUGAUUGGCUUCUAUUUCGUUUUUUAAGUUUAUUUAUU